AUGGUUAUGCCUAAGCAUGUUCGAAAACGCGUUGAGGGAUUCAUUAAUUCAUCCUGGGGAAAGGACCAUAAAAAACAUUAUGAUGUAGGCAUGCUGGAAAAUGUUUAUAGUGAGCUUUUGAACCAAAAAAAUUCAAUCGAUUUGCUUAAAUUUUUGGACGAUUCCUUGUUUUUUGAAACUUGUCUAUGGCCGACGGUUGCUAAUGAUAUGCCCCUUGUGCAAGUGCAACUAAUAUGUUUGUUGAUAAUUCAUAAGACAAGUUCCAAUCCCUCAAUUCUAGAAGGUUUGGAUCCCUCCAAGUUUAAAGCUCUCUUUGGUCAGGUAAUUCGUUUGUCUUAUAAAGAGAAUCUUCACAAUAGUUUCUGUUUAGUUAGAUUUAUUACCUUGUGUGUUCAAUCCUUGCAUGUAUCACACGUGAAGAAGCUGAUUUAUCCUUUAACGAAUAUUUCAAUCCUCGAUUGUUUGGAGUCACAUGAGAAAUUGGAACAUGUUUUAACCAAGGUUAAAGCAUUUCGAAAAGCUUAUUUGUCUUAUAAGCAAAAAUUACCAGAAAUAUCACAGCAAAAUCCAAAUCAUGCUGCAUAUUCUGGUUGGCUUCAUCACAUACUCUUAAAAUCUGAUUUAUUGCUGCAAGGUAGUACUGACGAAACAAAUUUGAGACCAUUGUUGACAGUGCUCGGCCUUUGUUUGGCAUUUCUCUCAACGUUUCCUACUCGACGCUUCAGUCACGUAAUUAUAGAAGAUAGUUGCUUUGACGUGUUUUCUCGUACAUCAUUAUUUUACCAUACUUCAGCUCUUUUUCAGUCUUUGACGGAUUCUCUUAGGUACUCUCUUAAGUACCCAUAUGACAAUGCAAAGGGUAUUGAUCUUUCGGAAAAAGAGAUCGUACAAAGGGAUGAACUACUAUACCAUUCUUUACAGACUACUCUGUUUAGGUUUUAUCAAGAUCGCUUACAAAAUCUUUUGUUCUUUCCUCAUAGCUGGUUCCAGAAACGUGAAAAUCUGGAGAAAAUUACCAAUUGUCUUACAUUUGAUGAUUUAAAGGGUUUAUGUCAAAAAUGUCAUUUGAGAACUAAUUUUACUCAAACUUAUCCUAUAAAAUUAUUUCAUCCAUUUCUAAAAGAGUUGUUUAUCUCAGCUUUCGAAAAACAUCAACAGAACUCAUUCUUGAAUUCAUCAAAUGAAAUAAUUCAUAUAUCUCUCGAUGAUUUGAAUUUUGCGGAACGAAAGGCGACUGAAAGUCAGGAGUUGAGAGUUCCUUUUAAUGACUUCCAGGGGUAUACUUUUCAGAAUCUUUCCGUAUCUUCCUUUUUUCAACGAAACUUGCAUGCAUUGUACGGUGAUUUACACAAUAAAGUUACCACAGAAAUCUCUUAUGCAUGUAACCACGGUCUAUAUAAAGGAGAUGGUGUCCAGAAAAGCUCUAACGCUUUAAUUCCAGUCAAAAGAUGUCGGAUUCAAAAAACUGCACCUCCACUUGUUGGUGAAAUAUACCCUCAGUAUAUUCAUUGCAAGGUGGAUUUGGAUACCGAAAAAAAGAAAUAUGUUGACCUAAUUGACAAAAACACAUUUGUUUGCUUGCUUUCAAUUGCUGGUCAGAAACAGCAAAUGUCAUCCCAGGGCCUUGAGAGUUGUGUAAAUCUUGCAUUUGGUCAACCUUUUACGAGUCAAGUUGACGCAGAAGGAAAUGGAAUUAAGGAAAAUAAUUCUAAAAGUAUGGACAUUUAUAUAGAUCCUCUUUUUUACUCAGAUAUGGUUGAAAAAGAAGGAGUAUUUCCGGAGGCAAUGGACUUCAAUUACAUGGUUACUAUAUCAUCUUCAGUUAAGGAUACUUGGAAUGAAAUAUUAGCAGAUCGAUUACUGUUAAAAAAGACUGGAAAUUUUCCAAAAUGGCUUUUAGAUUGUUUUCUUGGCUUUGGUGCUCCAAAUCUUGUCACUUUUCCCAACGUUGGAAGCAACGAUGUCAGCAUAAAGGAUAUAAUUUCUUCUAAUGAGCAAUUGAAUAAACUUUUUUCAAAUGCAAAUACCAAUUUAAAUAAUUUCGUGGAUCCAAUGUUUAUACGUUAUCAACGAGACAAAACCUUAAUAGAGACGGAAAAUGAUGAGCAUCCUCACAUAUCAACACAAAAGAAAGUAUAUUUUAAUGAUGAACAGUGUUCUGCAGUACUUAAUUCUUUGCAGCCAGGCUUAACGCUUGUCAAUGGACCUUCUCAGGCCGGAAAGCAUACAUUGGUCUGCAAAAUAUUAGAGACUCUCAACAAAAACUUUCAGAAUAAAAGAACUCUAGUGGUUUGCAAAGCGAAUGAUUCUUUAAAUAGACUGUUCCAUUUAAUGGAAGAGGCUAGUUGCUUUGAUGAAGGGCGUAUAUUAUGUUUGGGUCGACAAAGCGAUAGAGAUGACUAUACUUCAUACGGAACCAUUAGGUAUUUAAUUUCAAAACUCCCUUAUCUCCUGGCAGAAGUCGAUCGCCUUGCUUCAUCAAUGAAUGUGAUAGGCGCAUAUGGUAGUAACCCAGAAACUGCUUUAUAUUUUUAUGGCGCUUUUGUGAAUCCAGCGUGGAAUAAAUUUUCUAACUUGGCUUCUUCUUCUAACUUUCGAAAUAUUUGGGACGCCUUCCCUUUCAAAACGUUUUUUCAAGGCCGCUCAAAUGAAGUUCCGGAUGAUGCUUCUCGAAUUUUGGACAAAGUAAUAUCAUUGUAUCAUGAAAUUUUCCAUUUGUUUACGACAAUACGUUACAUACAGCCUUACACGUUUUUCAAGCGUUCAACAGAUUGUGAAAUUUACGCUCUCUGUCAACAAGCUAAUAUUGUCGGAACUACGUGGGAAGAAGUACUGAAGCGUCUUCCUAUAUUAUCCGAAAAAGGAUUCUCGUUCGAAAAUUUAAUUGUUUUGGAUUCUGAAAGUAUCUCAGAAUAUACUGUAUCUAAAUUGCUUACCUUAAACGAAAGCAACUCUGGUACAAAAAGGAUAAUUUGUUUUGGAGAUGAUAGAGCAAAUUUGUACCGUAAUUUUGAAAUUUCGAGUACUCCAACAUUCUCUUUCUCAGAAAAACUUCGACAAUUUGGGGUUUUUUGUCAUCAAUUGAAAACAAAGUACAAUACACGCAAGUCAAUCGGCGAACUUAUUGACUGGCAGUAUAACCUUCAAUUUCAAUAUGUUGAUACGACUGAUACGAGUACUUGCUUGCAUGGAAAUUCGGGAUUUGUAAACGAAUAUCAGUUUAUUGAUGUAGGUCCAUUCAAAGGAGCGAAAGAAACCGAAUUAGUAAAAGGAAGCAAGCAAAAUCUUGGUGAAGCUGAAUAUGCGAUAGCCAUAUACCAGUAUAUGAGGAUGCUUGGUUAUCCCGCUGAUGAAAUUGGAAUUUGCACUCUCUAUGGUAGUCAGGUAGCUUUACUACGCGAAAUUCUGAAUGUACGCUGUUCCAACAAUUCCUUUUUUGGCUUGCCGUUAUUUGUUGAGACCGCAAAAGAUCUGGAAAAGCAUGUAAAAUAUAUGAUUUUUACAACAGUUUCGUCUGUGAAUGAUCCAGAGCAAUGGUCCUUAGGAGCCUUCACAAAAGCAAUAUCUCACGCUCAAUAUGGACUAUAUGUUCUUUCUUCUAAAGAAUUGUUUGAAAAGGCUGUUCAUCUGGGCCCUCUUCGUGACAAAGCAUUGGCUACUCCAGGAAAAUUAUUGUUGACUACAGGAAAGAUAUACCCAAACUCACAUAAAAUCGGAGACCAUGUUGAGCAAUUUGAAAUUGAGAAUUUGAUUCAUCUCUCAAAUUAUGUGGUCGAAAUGACCAAGAAAAAGCUUCAGAUAAUGAAUUCAUAG